UAAGCAUGCAUGUAAGCAUAACACGUACUACAUACUUCUUAGUAAAACUAAAAAGAAAAGUAUUUUUCUCUAGUGAUAUCCAUGGCGAUAUCUCACACCCAGCUUUUGCUUCUUCUCCUUGUGUCACUCUUUUUCUCACCUGCUUUAUGCGGCCCCAAAUUCCAAACUUGCGAUACUGGUAAAGAGUAUCCCCUAAAGGUCAGUUCUGUGGAGAUAUCUCCAGACCCGGUUAAGCGUAGCGGUAAUGGAGAGAUUACGAUAACCGGUGUUACAAACAAAGAAAUCUCUGAUGGAGUAACCGUAAAUCUCAAGCUCGCGGUAGGCAUGUUUCCGGUCUCUACAAAAAGUUACUCCCUCUGUGAUAUAACAGCAUGCCCUGUUGCACCUGGCCCGAUUGUGCUUACUCUCCCUAACAUAUUCACUCCGCGUGAAAAAAGAACAGCAAUUGGAUAUACUAUCAUAAUAAGCAUCACCGAUAAGCCUCUGAAAGAGUCAAUGAUGUGCAUCCUUUUUGUUGUUAAGCUCACUGGUCAUGCGUCUAUGAUUAAUCAAGUUACCGAGUGAAGCAAAAUAUAUAUGUUUCAAGUCUUGUAUGAGUCUUUUCUCGUUAUUCUGGUGUGAUAUUCCUACUAUUUGUAUCCUUUCUACAUUAUGUGCUAUGUUAUCAAACAAAUAAAUAAUUAAGGGUUCAUAGACACCCUUAAGCGGUUUCGAUUCUCUAUGUUUUCAUUUGGGCUGAUCUAUGAUAAAGACGUUAUGAUAUUGGAUUUUCCGUAUAUAUAGGAAAUGAAGCUGAUAUAUAUAUGAUUACAUUUUUUU